UGCGCUCGCAGCGGGAGGCGGGGCAAGGAGUGGCUUCCGGGGCUCCGCCUCUCCCGACGCGUCUCAGGGUUGGCGCCACAGGACCUGGACAGUUCGGGUCCUCCGGUGGUGACUGCGUUCGGGAUGGCAUCGGACUCGGGGGACCGCGGGACUACCUGCACGCUGGAGUUCGCGGUGCAGAUGACCUGUCAGAGCUGCGUGGACGCGGUGCGCACGUCCCUGCAAGGGAUAGCAGGUGUCCAGAGUGUGGAGGUGCAGUUGGAGAACCAGAUGGUCCUGGUACAGACCACCCUGCCCAGCCAGGAGGUGCAGGCCCUUCUAGAAGGCACUGGGAGGCAGGCGGUACUCAAGGGCAUGGGCAGUGGCCUGUUCCAGAAUCUGGGGGCAGCAGUGGCCAUUCUCGGGGGGCCUGGCCCUGUGCAGGGAGUGGUGCACUUCCUACAGCUGACCCCUGAGCGCUGCCUCAUCGAGGGGACCAUUGACGGCCUGCAGCCUGGGCUGCACGGACUGCACGUCCAUGAGUUCGGAGACCUCACAAGGAACUGCAACAGCUGUGGGGACCACUUUAACCCUGAUGGAAUGUCUCAUGGAGGUCCCCAGGACUCUGACCGGCACCGUGGAGACCUAGGGAACAUCUACGCUGAAGCUGAUGGCCGAGCCGUCUUCAGGAUAGAGGAUGAGAGGCUGAAGGUGUGUGAUGUGAUUGGCCGAAGCCUGGUCGUCGAUGAGGGAGAAGACGACCUGGGCCGGGGUGGCCAUCCCUUGUCCAGGAUCACAGGGAACUCAGGAGAGGGGUUGGCCUGUGGCAUCAUCGCACGCUCUGCUGGCCUUUUCCAGAACCCCAAGCAGAUCUGCUCCUGCGACGGGCUCACCAUCUGGGAGGAGCGAGGCCGGCCCAUCGCUGGCGACGGGCGAAAGCAGCCCGCCAGUCCCCCCGCCCACCUCUGAGCACAGCCUCAGCCUCGCGUCUGUCACUGUCCUCCCUGCUGAGCACUUCCAGAGGGAGGCCCUGCUCACCCAGUCCUAGGAGCACUAGUGUGUGGGGUGUGUAGGGGUUGCUGUGAUCUUCCCUUGGCAAAUUAAAGUUUUAUUUUCAUAUGGAA